GUGCGCAUGUGUGGAACUUCACACGUGUGGUGAACGUCUGAACUGGCUGCAUGCAACAGAGCUUAGAGAGUUACUAACGCCACAAAAACAUAUCAAAUACAGGAAACAAAAUCUAGUUUCUUGUUGCCCUUACUAACCUAGUUGAAAGACAAUAGUCCUCCGUGAAGCAUUUCGCCGAGAGGGCCGGAAUACCAGAAAAACAACUUUACAAUGACUGAACCUCAGGUUAACCCAAAGGCCUACCCGCUGGCCGACUCCACGCUGUCCAAGACCAUCCUGGACCUGGUGCAGCAAGCCUCCAACUACAAGCAGCUCAGGAAGGGGGCUAAUGAAGCCACUAAAACCCUGAACAGAGGCAUCUCUGAGUUCAUUGUGAUGGCUGCUGAUGCCGAACCACUGGAGAUCAUCCUCCACCUGCCGCUGCUCUGUGAGGACAAGAACGUCCCGUACGUGUUUGUCCGCUCCAAGCAGGCCCUUGGCCGGGCCUGCGGGGUGUCUCGCCCCGUCAUCGCUACCUCAGUCACCAUAAAGGAGGGGUCUCAGCUCAAACCGCAGAUUCAGUCUCUUCAAUUGGCUAUUGAGCGACUGCUCGUCUGAUUUUUGUUGCACUGUUGUGACAAAGUCUUCUUGAAAGAGGGGGAAGACAAAUUCCAGAUUGAAAAUAACCUUCUGUUUGAU